AUGGUAUUGAGGAAUGGGCUAUAUCCCUUUUUACUUCUUCCCAAAACUACUGGAUAUUCGAGAUUGAUGAGAACUUCUCAAUCACUAUUGAAAGGUGAACAUUUCUCUUUGAGAGAAGCGAGUAGUUCAGCAAAUAACUAUCGUAAUAGCUAUCUUCAAGCUGGAAUAUCAUUAAAUAGAACUGGUUUAUUAUCUAACAACCGCUCAUUCAGACAUAUUUCACUAAAUUCUGUGAUUUUCAACAGCCGAAAUUGGUUAUUAAAUAAUCAAAGCAAUGACUAUACUAUUCAUCACAAUAGCAAUAAAAUAAUGCUCAAUCAUCAAAUCACUCGAUUGUUUAGUUCAUCAAGAAAUUUUAAAGUGAAUUACGAAUUCGAAUAUUACAAGGACUUCAUGUACUAUAAACUAUUCAAUAAAAUCUUGAAAGCCAUGUUUAAUACAAAAUUAAAGAUAAAAGCAAACAAUUCAGAAGAGUUUUUUCAUGAGAUUGAAAAACUCAAUUCUGGUAUAAAAAAGAGAAUUAUCACUGCGAUUGAAAAUGACGAGAAAAAUUUAAAAAAAAGAUUAAACUAUUUUAUAACUGAAUUGAAAAAUAACCCUUCAAAGAAUUAUAAAAAUUAUAAUUAUAUCCCAUUUAAUAAAGAGUUGGAUCUAAUUGGCUCCGAUAUUUAUCAACUUGGUAAGGGCUACAAUAUACUAAAUUUUUUUCAAGAAAACGAAGCUAAAGCGAGUAGAAUAAGCUCGAUUAUUGAACGAUUAAAUUUAUUGACACUAAAUAAAUUGAGAUUCCUACUUCACAAUGAAAAUAUCAACUCUGAUAGGAGACUAUUAGCCUCAUUGGAUGAGAAUGAUACGCUUUAUCAAAUGAACUUCACUCUCAAAGAUAAAACCAAUAGCACUCUCAAUUGGGCAUUUAUUAGUAUUUAUAUCAAGGUUUCCUUUGAAGAUUUGAGUGAACAAAUCAGAGAUAUCAGUUAUAUCAACUGUUUUCUUAACUCACCAGAUCAAAUGAACAAGUCAAGAUCUGUCAAUUCCACUGCCUUCUUCACCUCUCGGUCAGCUACAAGAGCAUCUACUUCACGUCUUCCCUUACCUUACAAUCCCAAUGCUUCUAAGAUCCUUUGUUCCAUCUACGAAUCAAAAACCAUUUCUCCCAUUGUUGGUGUUUGCUUUCUUAACUUUGCCACCAGCGAAUUGAUUUUGUCGAAUAUUCAAGACUCUCAGACGUACGUUAGAACAAUUCACAAGCUAAACAUAUAUCAACCUACAGAGAUUUUGGUUCCAAUUAACUAUUUGUCAAGCAUUGAAUCAGCCGCCAAUACAACCAAUACAACCAAUACCACCCUUUCCAACACUUCCACUGUUACUACUAAUAUUUUAACUAAUGUUGAAAAAAAUGACCAAAACCAAUCCAAAAUCAUAAAAAUCAUUCAAUCUAUUAUAAACACUGGCAAUUGCAAAAUAACUGGUAUCAACUCUAAACUAUUUAAUCCAUCAACUGGCCUUGAACAAAUAAAGAAAUAUGCCUAUGAAAAAGAUUUCACAAAAUUAUUCAAUGAAUUAACUGACAAACCGAUAUUGCUAGCCUCAGUUAAUUCUAUAAUCCAGUAUAUGAAAAAUUCUUCCACUUGUCAAAUUUUAUUUGGCAAUUUAAGGAUAUCUUAUAAAGCAUGUGAAAGCACUCUAUUAAUCGACUCCAAGACUAUUAAAUCACUUGAAUUAGUCAACAAUUCAAUUGAUAAUAAGCAUGGUAUUUCUCUCUUAAAGUUUUUAAACUCAACCGUCACCAAAAUGGGUUAUAGGGUAUUGAGAAAUAACAUCUUACAACCAUUAACAAAUCCAGAAAGUAUCAAAUUAAGACUUGAGUCAGUUCGAGAGUUAUUAAUGGAUAAUGAUAUGUUAUCUGAGGUGAGAUCCAUUUUAAAGAACUCACAGGAUUUAGACCGUUUAUUUUCUUGCUUGAUUAUUUCUUCAAAGAAACAAAUACAAUCAAGGUCCAUAUCAGACCAAAAUAUUAAUAAUAUUAUUUUACUAAAACAUGCACUAAAUAUCUCCUUAAAUAUUAGUCAUUCCUUGAAAGAUGUUCACUCGAUUUUGUUACUUGAGAUUAAAGAAAUAUGUUCUCAUCCUGAUUUAAUAUCUGUAAAAAAUUUAAUCAAUGACUCUAUUAAUGAAGAUUGUUCUUGGAGUAAUACUCCCUUAGACUUGAAAAACCAAAAAUGCUAUGCUGUCAAAGGUGGUAAAAACGGCCUACUAGAUGUUCAAAGACAAAUAUAUAAGAAUAUAAUUGAUGACAUUAUUCUUUUAAUAGAAGGUAUAGCUGAGGAACAUCAAUUAAUCUUGGACCAUAAAUUUGAUUCAACAAGAGGAUUUUAUAUAACAAUCAAAAAAUCACAAAUUAUCGAUACAAACAAGUUACCAGAUAUAUUUAUUAAUAGAAUUUAUAAAAAAAAUUUUAUUGAAUGUACAACAUUGGAUAUCAUAAAGUGUAACUCACGACUAAACGAUACUUUAAGUGAAAUUAUUCUUAUGAGUGAUCACAUCAUUAAUGAAUUAACUGAAAAGUGCAAAUCUUAUAUAUCAACAAUGUUUAUGGUAUCUGAAGCUUUAGCUAUUUUGGAUUUAUUAUGCUGCUUUGCGUACAAUGCUAAAACGGCGACGAAUUGCUAUACAUGCCCUGAAAUCUUUGAUAAACUAGUUUUAAAAUCAAGUAGGCAUCCAAUAUUAGAAACAACAUUAAAUCACGACUAUAUUUCAAACGAUACAUACUCAACAAGGGAUACAUCUCGAGUACAUAUUUUAACUGGUGCAAAUAUGAGUGGUAAAUCGGUUUAUUUAAGACAAAUGGCAUUGCUAGUUGUGAUGGCUCAAAUUGGUUCAUUUAUUCCUGCUGAUUAUGCAAUGUUUCCGAUUUUCCACAAAUUAAAUGCUAGAAUUUGCACUGAUACUUUAACUGAUAUCAACACGUCUUCCUUCACACAAGAGAUGAAUGAAAUCGCUUAUAUCAUUGAAGAGGCAAAUUAUAAAAGCUUAGUUAUAAUUGAUGAGUUAGGCAGAGGCUCAAGUAUUGUCGAUGGAUUAUCGAUAUCAGUUGCCAUCACUGAAUAUUUAGUUGAUAUUGGACCCACAGUCUUUUUAUCAACACAUUUUCAUGACCUUCCUGUGAUAUUGAGAAAUAAGCCAGGUGUAGUCCAAUUGCAUAUGAGUGUUGAUAUCAAAGGGUCUGAAUUCGAUAUGCAUUACAAAGUGGUAACUGGUGAAUCAAAAUUGAAAAAUUAUGGAAUGAAGUUUGUGCAAAAUCUUGGGUUAUUUCCUCUGAGUGUUAUCAGGCACUCAUUUGAAAUCUCCAAAAGACUUGAAUCUACAAAAUUCUUAAGCCAUAACAAUAGACUUGAUCUUACUGCUAAAAACAGGAAAGUCAUGUUAGAUCUAUGUCAAAGCUUGCGACAUUUGAAUCAUGAAUAUGAUCAUGAAUAUGAUCAUCAAUCAAAUCCCCAAGGGUUUUAUAAUUCUCUUAAACAAGUUCAGCAAACUUUCAUCAAACAAAUUUCUUGCACAGAGAGAAGUCUUGAGGUGUCAGUGAACAAAGAUGAAGAACUCGAUAAAGCGACAGGAGAGAGAACUCUAAUAGUCAUGAGCACUAGAAGAAAACUCUGCCCCUCAUUCGACGACUGUCAAGUUGACAGCACUUACGUCAAGAACACAAGCAGUGAUAACAAAGGGGCAGAUGAUAUUCCAUCAAACGCUUUCGGCAUCAAUGAUUUAAAUCAAAGAAUUGAGUUAAUUGGUUCGAACGUUUUAUCCGGUUCUUUACUAUACAAAGGUCUUAAAAUUAUCUUUCAAUCUUCAGCAAAAGAUGAUUUAUUUGUGGAUGAUGGAGAUGUUUUAAAACCAUUCAACUCAAAAUUUACUGAUAAGAAAAUUAAUAAAUUCUUAUGA